AUGACGCAGGAACUGACCCAGACCAGGCAGUUCGUGACCAACCAACAACUUCAGAGGAAACAAAUGCUCAUGGAUGUUCUUCACCCCAGAAAGGCAACUGUACCUGAGACAGAAAUUCAGGGAAAACUCGCCAAAAUGGACAAGAACAUACCAGAUGUCAUUUUGUAUUUGGUUUCAGAACCCAAGUGGGUGGUGGCGAGACAACUGGCAAAGAAAAAUGAACCCAGCCAUAGCCCUGCAGGACAUGGCCUGUGUGAGCAGGAAAGGACCUCAAGAAAACAGGGAAAGGAACGCAAGAACAGAAUGAAGGCGGUCAGGGGGACUGCCAAAGCUAGUGUUGGUGCUGGCAACAAGCGAGCUGGAGAGUGGACCACAGAAGGAGUAAAGAUUCUGCAGUGA